AUGUUUGAAGUUCGUCAAGUUGGUAAGACCUUGGUCAACCGUACCCAAGGUCUCCGUAACGCCAACGACUCCCUUAAUGGUCGUGUCGUCGAAGUCUCUCUCGGUGACUUGUCCAAGGAUGAAGGUCGUGCCUUCCGCAAGAUCAAGCUCAAGGUUGAUGAAAUUCAAGGCAAGAACUGUCUUACCAACUUCUAUGGUAUGGACAUGACCACUGAUAAGCUCAGAUCCAUGGUUAAGAAGUGGCAAUCUCUUAUCGAAGCCUUUGUUGACAUCAAGACCACUGAUGGCUACUUGGUCCGUCUCUUUGCCAUUUCCUUCACUGCUCGUCGUCGUAACCAAAUCAAGAAGACUACCUAUGCUCAGUCAUCUCAAAUCCGUCAAAUCCGUAAGAAGAUGUUUGAAAUCAUGACCGAAGAAGCUUCUGCUUGCGAUCUUAAGGAAUUGGUUGCUAAGAUCACCAGCUCUGCCUCUCAUGCUUCUCAAGACGCUAUUGCUGUCCGCAUUGAAAAGGCAUGCCAAGGUAUCUACCCUCUUCAAAACACUUACAUUCGUAAGGUCAAGAUCCUUAAGGCUCCCAAGUUUGAUGUUUCUGCUCUCUUGGCUCUUCACGGUGGUGCCGCCGCUGCUGCUGAUGACACUGGCGCCAAGGCUGCUAAGGAAUUUGUUGAACCCCCUAUCUUAGCUUCUGUUUAA